CUGCUUUGUAACCCGCUUGUGUUGGAUUUAAUAUAUACAUCCUGAUAAAGACUGCUUUCAACUAUGGAAUCGACGGUUGAUGAUGAAGCGAUGGCAGCAUAAAUGAAGGUCAAGUAAGGAGAGCAGAACGAUGCCCAAGGGUGGGUGUUCUAAAGCACCACAGUUAGAAGAUUUCUCUCUCAGCAACGACAUGGUGGAGAAACAAACUGGGAAAAAGGAUAAAGAUAAAGUUUCUCUAACCAAGACUCCAAAAUUGGACCGGAGUGAUGGAGGGAAAGAAGUAAAAGAAAGAGCUACCAAACGGAAGUUGCCCUUCACUGUUGGAACCAAUGGAGAUCAAAAAGACUCCGAUACAGAAAAGCAGGGUCCUGAGCGGAAGAGGAUUAAAAAGGAGCCCGCCACCAGGAAACCUGGUUUACUGUUUGGAAUGGGGCUAUCUGGAAUUAGAGCAGGUUAUCCACUCUCAGAGCGCCAGCAGGUCGCCCUUCUCAUGCAGAUGACAGCAGAGGAGUCUGCAAAUAGCCCAGUAGACACAACACCAAAGCAUCCCUCUCAGUCUACAGUUUGUCAGAAGGGAACUCCUAACUCUGCCUCCAAAACCAAAGAUAAAGUAAAUAAGAGAAAUGAGCGUGGAGAAACUCGACUGCAUCGAGCUGCCAUCAGAGGCGAUGCCCGGCGCAUCAAGGAGCUCAUCAAUGAGGGAGCUGAUGUCAACGUGAAAGACUUUGCAGGCUGGACAGCAUUGCAUGAGGCAUGUAACCGAGGUUACUAUGAUGUUGCAAAGCAGUUGCUUGCUGCAGGUGCUGAAGUCAACACAAAGGGGUUGGAUGAUGAUACCCCACUGCAUGAUGCAGCCAAUAAUGGUCACUACAAGGUGGUGAAGUUAUUGUUACGAUAUGGAGGCAAUCCUCAUCAGAGUAACAGGAAGGGAGAGACACCUUUGAAAGUAGCCAAUUCUCCUACUAUGGUGAAUCUCCUACUCGGGAAGGGAACCUAUACUUCUAGUGAAGAGAGCUCAACAGAGAGUUCAGAAGAAGAAGAUGCCCCAUCAUUUGCACCUUCUAGUUCAGUUGAUGGCAAUAACACAGACUCUGAAUUUGAAAAAGGCCUAAAGCAUAAGGCCAAGAAUCAAGAGCCACCAAAAACAGUUACCCCUGUGAAAGAUGAAUAUGAAUUUGAUGAGGAUGAUGAACAAGACAGAGUUCCCCCAGUUGAUGAUAAGCAUUUACUGAAAAAAGAUUAUCGAAAAGAAACUAAAUCAAAUAGUUUUAUAUCUAUUCCCAAAAUGGAAGUGAAAACAUAUACUAAAAAUAACACAAUUGCACCAAAGAAAGCUGCCCAUCGCAUCCUCUCAGACACCUCAGAUGAAGAGGAUGCAAGCGUCACAGUGGGUACUGGAGAGAAACUAAGACUUACAGCUCAUUCUGUAUUGCCCAGUAACAAGGCACGGGAGUCAUCUAACAUCAAGCAACAGAAAGAGAAAAAUAAAGUUAAAAAGAAGCGAAAGAAAGAGACAAAAGGCAAGGAAGUUCGAUUUGGCAAAAAAAAUGACAAGUUUUGCUCUUCAGAGUCAGAGAGUGAGAAUUUGGAGAGUGAUGAGGAUGAUAGAGACUCUGUCGAAAGUUCUAAUUGCAUCAAGGACAAUACUAUUGUGCUAAAGGAACCAUCACUUUUCAGCUCACUUUCUGCCUCAUCCACCUCCUCUCAUGGAAGUUUAGCUUCUCAGAAACAUAACUCAACUCUUGCAGAACAACACUCCAAGCACUGGAGAACAGAUAAUUGGAAAACCAUUUCUUCCCCAGCUUGGUCAGAUGUCAGUUCCUUAUCAGACUCUACAAGGACAAGACUGACAAGUGAGUCUGAUUAUACAUCUGAAGACUCCAGCUUAGCAUCAUUAAAGCCAGUCAGAAAGAAACAGGAACACAAAAAGAAAAAUACCCCACAUAAUACCGUAUCUGAAAAGAAGAACUCAUUCCAUUCCAAUGUGGAUGGAGCAAUUCCAAAAUUAGAUAAAGAGGGGAAAGUUGUUAAAAAACAUAAAACAAAACAUAAACAUAAAAACAAAGACAAAGUACAGUGUUCAAACAAUCAAGAUAUUAAAAUGAAAAGCUUUCCUUAUGAUUAUGAGGACUCUAAGCAAAAGUCAGAUAAGGCCUUACUUGUUGACAGUGAAAAUCCAAUUGAAAAUAAAUUAAAAGUACUAAAGCAUGAUAGAGAACAUUUCAAGAAAGAAGACAAAAUAAUCAAAGCUAAGUCUGAAGAAAAGGAAUGGUUGUUUAAAGAUGAGAUAAUAAAAGUCUCCAAAGAAGAGAAAUCACUAAAAAGAGUCAAAGAGGGAAACAAAGAACUCAGUAAAGCCUUCAGAGAGGAAAAAGACCGAUCAAGUAAAACUGAAAAGGAGAAAUCAGUAAAGGAGAAGUCUCCAAAAGAGGAAAAACUUAGACUUCACAAAGAAGAACGAAAGAAAAAAUCAAAAGACAAGCAAUCAAAAUCAGAGAAGAAGAAUGACAUGAAGGAGGAGAAAAUUUCAAAAUCUGAGAAAGAGAAGACUUUUAAAGAAGACAAGGAAAAAUUUAAAAAAGAAAAAGUUUAUAGGGAAGAACCUGGUUUUGAUGAAUUCUGUAAUAAAAGUCAGUUUCUAGAGAGUGAAGACACCAAAUUCAGCCUUUCUGAUGAUCAACAAGAGAGGUGGUUUUCUGACUUAUCUGACUCAUCAUUUGAUUUUAAAGGAGAAGAUAGUUGGGAUUCUCCAGUGACAGACUAUAGGGAGAUAAAAAAUGACUCUGUAGCAAAGCUAAUCUUAGAAACAGUGAAGGAGGAAACAAAAGAGAAGAAGAGAGAUAACAAAAAUAAGGAAAAGAGAGACUAUAAUGAAAAACGUAAUGACAAAGAAUCUUUCUUUAAAAAGAAAGACAGGGACUAUUUGGAUAAAACCUCUGAAAAAAAGAAAGACCCAACUGAAAAACACAAAAGUAUUCCCAGUUACUUGUCAGAAAAGGAGAAGAGAAGGAAAGAUUCUGCAGAUGUUAUUAAAGACCGAAAAGAAAAAGAUAUGGGUGAUAGCUGCAAAGAGAGGAAGGACUCAUUUGAUAGUUCUAAAGACAGAAAAGAUGCUAAGGUCAAACAGGAGGAGACCUACAGAGAUGACCUUAAAGAAUAUGGGUGUGAUAAUUACUUUAAGGAUAAAUUAGAUUCAGAAUUUGGGAAAAAUCUAGACACCUGGGAAAGACAUCAUUCAGGGAAAGAAAAGGAUAAAAAAGAGACUACUGAUAAGGACAAAAAAGAGAAGCUGAAAUCAGAUAAGUAUAAAGAAAAAUCUAAAGAAAUGGACAAAGAAAAAAAUGAAAAAUCCAUCCUUGAAAAAAAUCAAAAAGACAAAGAAAUGGAUAAGUGUUUUAAAGAGAAAAAAGAAACAAAGGAAAAAUACAAGGAUUUGCACAGUAAAGAAAAAGAAAGGAAAUCUUCCCUUGAUCAAAUUAAAGAAAAGAAAGACAAGAAUUUUUCAGGAACUAUCUCAGAGGACUUCUCUGAAAAAAGAGAAGAAAAAAAGAGUAAAGAUAAAAGCUGGUACAUUGCAGAUAUUUUCACAGAUGAAAGUGAAGAUGAGAAAGAGGAGUACAAUACAGGAGGUGGCUUCAAAAUUGGUGAUGCUAUUGUCAAUGAAGUGCCAAGAGUGGAGACUGUUCCAGAAAAAGAUGAGGAAAAAGAACCUUACUCUUUGGAGAAACACCGUAAAUAUUCUUCAGAUAAGCAACACUGUGGAGAAAAGCAGAAAGAUAAAGAAUCUAAGGAGAAGAAAAAGGAAAAGGGAUUGACAGAAGGAGGAAAAGAUAAAAAAGAAAAAAGCUUUGAAAAACACAAAGAGAAGAAGGAUAAAGACUCUAUUGAAAAAUAUAAGGAUAGAAAAGAUAGAACUUCUGUUGACUCUAUCCAAGAAAAGAAAAGUAAACAAAAAAUCCCUGAAAAGGUUGAAAGGAAGCACUCCACCGAUGACAAGAUUAAAAACAAGCAUAAAGAAAAGUCAGAUAAAGAACAUUCCAAAGAGAGGAAGUCUUCAAAAGGUGGGGAUAUGGAGAAAAGCUUGUUGGAGAAGUUGGAAGAAGAAGCCCUCAAUGAAUAUAGAGAUGACUCCAAUGAUAAGAUAAGUGAACUUUCAUCUGACAGCUUCACAGACCGAGGGCAAGAUCCAGGCCUGAGCAGCCUCCUUGAAUCAUCAUUCACUGAGCCUACUGAGGACAAGUUUAAGGAUUCUAUUCCCUUUCCUUCUCUACAAGACAAACUGAAAGAAAAAGAAAGACAUAGGCAUUCCUCAUCUUCUUCAAAGAAAAGCCAUGAAAGGGAAAAAGCCAAGAAAGAGAAGUUGGAGAAAAAAGAAAAAAAUGAUGAUUUUAAGGACAGUAGAAAAGAAUCAGCCCAGUAUGAAAAAGAUUUCUCCUUAGAUGGUGAUGCUUUUGGCAUGUCCUAUAACAUGAAAGCUGAGGUAGAAGAUGAAUUAGACAAAACUAUUGAAUUUUUCUCAACUGAGAAGAAAGACAAAAAUGAUUCUGAGAGAGAACUUUCUAAGAAAUCAGAAAAGGAAAAGGUUUAUGCUUCAAAUUCCAUCAGUACAACAAAAGAGAAGAAGAAAAGAGAUAAGCAUCGAGAAAAAUGGAAAGAUGAAAAAGAGAAACACAGAGAAAAACACUCAGAUGGGUUUUUUAAGCAUCAUAAAGAUGAACAGAAAUCUGUGGUUAAAGAGAAGGACAAUACUCAAGUGAAUGUUUUCAAAGAUAAAUCAAAGGAUGAUACUAUCAAGCUUAGUGAAAGUAGAUUAAAAGAGAAGGAGAAGCCUGAUUCAUUAAAGAUUAGUAAUGGAAAUGAUAAAAUUCCACCAUCCAAAGACACAGCAAAGAAGGAUACCAGACCUAGAGAAAAACUUCUGGGAGAUGGUGACCUGAUGAUGACGAGUUUUGAGAGAAUGCUGUGCCAAAAAGACCUAGAGAUAGAAGAGCGCCACAAAAGGCACAAAGAGAGAAUGAAGCAGAUGGAGAAGAUGAGGCACAGAUCUGGGGACCCUAAACUAAAAGAUAAAGUUAAGUCCUCAGAGGAAAUGAGGAAAAGGAGUCUAGAUCUACCUUCCAAAAAACCUCUUGGACUAGACUCUCAGCUUAAAGAUAAAAAGAAUAAGGAAUUAGGCCCACUGACUCCUGUGCUGCCAACUGAAAGCAAACCUCCCCACCCUUCUGUGGGCACUGAUUCUAAAGACUGGCUCGCUGGUCCUCAUAUGAAAGAAAUCUUACCUGCUUCCCCAAGACCAGACCAGAACCGUCCCACAGGGGUUCCAACCCCAGCCUCUGUGGUUUCUUGUCCUAGUUAUGAGGAAGUGAUGCAGACUCCCAGAACUCCGUCUUGCAGCAAUGAAGAUUACACUGAUUUGAUGUUUGACUGUGCUGAUUCUCAGCAUUCCAUACCUGUCUCCACCAUGUCUAUGAAUGCAUGCUCACCAUCCUUUUUUGACAGAUACACAAAUACUUCUAGUGGACUUCCUGAAAACCCAAGUCAAACUCCCACUAGGACUCUCCCCACAAACCUUUAUCGUUCAAUCUCUGUUGAUAUCAGGAGAACCCCCGAAGAGGAAUUCAGUGUUGGGGACAAAUUUUUCAGACAGCAAAGUGUGCCUGCUACAUCAAAUUAUGAUUCUCCAGUGCAGCAUUUAAUGGAAGAAAAGGUUCCUUUACCACCUGUUCCUGCAGAAAAGUUUCCAUGUUUGUCUCCUGGGUACUAUUCUCCAGAUUAUGGGAUUCCUUCACCUAAAGUUGAAACAUUACAUUGUACAUCAGGGGCUAUUGGAAAUGUUGCCCCAUCUCCAGAAAAUGUCUUCUCUGGUUUGCAAGCAAAAUCCUCUCCUUCUCAUAGAGAUGAAAUUUUAGCUCCAUCUAUAGAAAGUGCGCUUCCCCCUGAUUUGGGCAUCCCAUUGGAUGCCACAGAAGACCAACAAGCAACUGCUGCUAUUAUUCCACCGGAGCCCAGUUAUCUGCAACCAAUAGAAGAGGGCCCCUUUAAUGCUGUUAUUUCAGAAGAGGAUAAUACAGAUUGGGCAAACCCUUCAAGAAACUCAGAGCAACCUAUCCCUCAGAGUUUAAUUGGAACUUCCUCUGAAACCCCUGUAAAUUGGACAGUUGGAACUGAACUCAUGAUUAAGUCUCCACAGAGAUUUACAGAGUCUCCCAAACCUUUCUGUUCUUCAGAUCCUAUACAUCCAGCUCCAGUGCCAUUUAUUCCUUCUGAUUCCCCUUACCCAGUUUCUCCUAUUUCAUACCCCUUGCCUGAAGCAGGUCUUAAUGAUGUAAAGGAAGUUGCAGAAGAAGCCAUUCCAGGAGAAAUAACAACAUCUGAGGAACAAACUUCUUACAUGCCCCCUUCGAGAUUAGAUUCAUUCUUUACUAACUGUAAACCUCUUCCAGAAGAAACACCUGAGAUUGUGCAAGAAUCUACAUGCAUACCAACGGUAACUCAGGUAGAAGCUCUAGGCUCUCUGGAAAAUAACUUUUUAGAAAAUAACAUCUCUGUCAUAAAUCAGGAGGAGCCAGUGGCAUGGCCUGAUCCUUUCACAAAUGCAGAAGAUGACUUAGAUCUGGGUCCUUUUUCUUUACCAGAACUUCCACUUCAAACUAAAGAUGUCCCAGAUGCUGAAAUGACUGAAACAGAACCUAUGGGAGAAAGUACUGUUGUUGCUUCAGAAAGUACAAAUCCUGGAGAUGCUGGAGUCUUUAAUGGGAGCUCCCUUUCUUUAUUAGCUACAGAAGAGCAAGAGGAGCUUCCUCCUACCCAGGCAGCUGCCCUCUUGCCACUGCCCUCAGGGCCAGAACCUGAGGAUCCCAAACCAGAAGCCGUUUCUGUGGAAACUGCCACAGAAGCAGGGAGCGUGCCUGAGGAGAAGACUACUGAACAAUUAGAAUCUCCCUCUUUUCAGCCAAUGGGAUCUACUGAACUUCCUCCUGAGAGCAGUGAACUAGAAAGGGAAACAAAUCCUGAAGACUCUUUUGUAUCAAACUGUCCAUUGGAUAGUUGUGCUGAGAGUAAUUUGACCCAAGCAAAUAUUGAUGGUGCUGGCACUCAAGAAAAUGUUGUAGUAAGUGCGGUCAAUCAGACGGGUUCUUCUCAAGUGGAACCACCCCAAGGCAAUGCCCAGCCAGAAACUAUAGAAUCUGUACCCAAACCAGUACCUGAAGUUCCAAAACCUCCCAAAGUAGAAGAAAUUCCUCAACGAAUCACCAGGAACCGGGCUCAGAUGCUAGCUAAUCAAAAUAAACAGAACACUCCCCCUUCAGAAAAAGAAUUUCCACCAGUUUCUACUCCCUCCACAAGAGCAAAGGGACGAGUCACAGAAGAGGAAGAUUCCCAGGCCCAGCACCCCCGAAAACGGCGGUUCCAACGCUCCAAUCAACAGCUGCAGCAACAGAUUAAUACAUCUACCCAGCAGACGAGGGAAAUGAUACAGCAAACGUUGGCAGCCAUUGUGGAUGCUAUAAAAUUAGACGACAUUGAGCCCUAUCAUAGUGAUAGGUCAAAUCCAUAUUUUGAAUACCUUCAGAUUCGGAAAAAGAUUGAGGAAAAGCGGAAAAUUCUCUGCUACAUCACUCCCCAGGCCCCCCAGUGCUAUGCUGAAUAUGUCACUUACACAGGUUCUUACCUGUUGGAUGGCAAGCCUCUCAGCAAGCUUCACAUUCCAGUGAUUGCCCCACCUCCAUCUCUGGCAGAACCACUGAAGGAAUUAUUUAAGCAGCAGGAAACCGUAAGGGGGAAACUCCGUCUCCAGCACAGCAUAGAGCGGGAAAAGCUGAUUGUUUCAUGUGAACAGGAGAUUUUGCGGGUUCACUGUCGAGCAGCACGAACGAUAGCUAACCAGGCUGUCCCAUUCAGUGCCUGUACAAUGCUGCUGGACUCUGAAGUCUAUAACAUGCCUCUGGAAAGUCAGGGGGAUGAAAAUAAGUCAGUGAGAGAUCGGUUCAAUGCUCGACAAUUCAUAUCCUGGUUACAGGAUGUAGAUGACAAAUACGACCGGAUGAAGACGUGUCUGUUGAUGCGGCAGCAGCAUGAAGCGGCAGCUCUCAACGCGGUGCAGAGGAUGGAGUGGCAGCUGAAGGUCCAGGAGCUGGACCCGGCGGGACACAAAUCUCUGUGUGUGAACGAAGUGCCGUCCUUCUACGUGCCCAUGGUUGAUGUCAACGAUGACUUUGUGCUCUUGCCAGCAUGACAAGACCAGAUCCCGAGACAGUCUUACAGGAAACUGGCAAAGGCAGGAGCCCUCCUGGACGAAUGGCUGAGCUCACGUUCAUCCCGAUUGCUUGUUGAUGAAUCCCUGGGUGGAAAGGAGGACGCGUCUCUCAGGGGGGUUGGGGAGAGGGAGUUGGCGAGAGAACAGUUGCACUUUCUUCACAAUGUACCUGUCACUUCUGGACUGAUGGCAGCCACCCAGCCGCAGAAGUGGGAAAUGCAUCUCUUGUAUAAACCAGGUGCUUCGGCAGAGGGUGAAAAGCUUGCACACUACGCGAGUCUGAUUGGACAGGAACACAGCUGAGGGCCUGGACGGGCUCAAGGGUGCCCUGCCACCAUCUGUGGAGCCGGAGCUGCCACGCAGGGGCCAGUAGUCAUGGUGGUUUCCAUCUUCAUGGAAAUGGCACUUUUCAGAUCUGUGUUUUCCAUUCAGCUGCAGAUUCAUUUCAGAGAAGUUGCAGAAGAGAAUUCAUUUUUUAAGUUUCUUGUUCCCUCCGGAUCUAAUAGAAAAAAAAUAAAGCAAAAGGCACCCACCUCUCAUGGACAAGGGCAUAAAGGGGUGGAGCCAAUAGACUUCAAGUCUAAGGAUGCUUUCCAGCUAAAAUCACAGGGCAGCCACUGGUCCCCAUUUUUUCAGACAGCAGGGCUGUGGACGCUUAUGUUGAGCGAGGGCCCAGGCGGCGCCAUCUGACCCCUCCAUAGUCAGGGGGCAAGUGGUGACACAGAGCUAGGACUCUACCAAUUGUGUUUUUAAUGGAGUCAAAUCCAUGUGGUUUAUAUAUUUUUUCCUUUAAUCUUGGGCAUUUUGUUUCUCUUUCUGAGAACAUAACUUGAAAACACUACAGAGCCAAUACUCAUAUAAAAAUGUAUCCCAUAAAUGCUGUACAGUUUUUAUAUACAUUAACAAUGUACUUUUGCUGCCUUCUAGAUAAUUUAUUUUGCAACACAUUACUGCACAGUUGUAAAUAACUUAUGUACUGUAACAUCACUUUCAGUUAUGUGUAAAGAAAUAAAUAAAUUAAUUAAAAUUA